CUCUGUCUGUCCAUCUAGUCCAUCGGGCAUCUGUCGAUUCGCCUGAGGAGAAUCGUGACUUGCUGGUUGCUGGGGAUAGGUACUCGAGCCGCCCGCGCCUCCCGCCUCGCUUGCCCGGACCGCCUUGUAUCGAUAACGAAACACGCAUCCCGUGCUGGAACUGGAGCAGCGUCUGGGAGAGCCAACGUCUGCUGCCAGCGCACACGUCGCUCUGCCUCCUCAAGACUCCGUUUCCGCCAUUCCCUGGCCCCCAUCUGGCAGCAGUCAUGCUGUGGUAGGCCCUCACAGCUCCCUGGACUGUGUGGGCGACGCCAAACGGCUCUCAUCGGGCACUCCUGAUGGCGACAGGAUGAUUAGAAGAACCCAGCACUCCGCCUCGCCGUCGGCGCAGGUUUACUCUACUCCGCCCGUGUCACCGACUAUCACCCACGUUUCUUCUAGAAGCCAUACCCCCUCGCACUCGACUGAUGUCCAUGACCCUUCGCACGAGGUCCCGCUCCGCUCUCAGAGUCCGCCCAGGUCGCCUUCACCUCCCCCCUCCAAGCCUGCUCAGUCAAUGAUGGGAAGUCGACCUGGCGGAGCCCACGACAACAAUGAGAGACCGUCCGCCACCGCGACUGCCGUCCAGAGGCCCGUCAUUCCUUCCUCGAUGUCUGCUCCAGCGGGGCGCCUUCCCCGCCUGCUCCCCGCCGACCUCUCGCACUACACCGACGCGUACCUCCCUACAGCGGCCAUCCCGACCUCAUCCACGUCGCUAGCCGAGCUCGCCCACUUGAUCCGUCUGCAGGGCUAUCAGGAGCAGCGCAAGGCCCAUUCCCGGGUCCGCCUGCACAGAUGGCUCGUCUCGAGCGCUCUUUCCGCACGUCUGGUACAUUGCGGAGAGCUCGCUCACCGUACUUUGGUUGACAGCUUUAGGUCAGAUGACAAAAAAAGUUUUGCUACCCUGUUUCAUGCUCUUCACGACGUUCGGAACUCGUGCGAUGCCACUCGCCGAUAUGCAUUGCUGGAGCCUGAUUUGGAGUUGGGGAAGUCAAAAAGCAUGAGGAACGAAAAGUCUCAGUCUUUUUCCACGUUCAUGAAUGAGGUUCCUUCCAAAAUCCUGGAUGACCUGCUCGAUUUCAUUUCCGAAAUCCGCACCAAUCCAGAUUUCCUUGCUACUCGGAUUCUCAAUUUGUCUCAGCAAGAGCUGGCUUCCUUGACCACAUUUCGUCAGUCUCUAGAUCCCAUAGAUUCUGUUAUGGCCAUGCAAGCUCGGGGUAAAGCCGUUGGUUCAAGUCACAAGCCCAAUCAGCCGCAAGGUCCCACUCCAAUUGAGCGCCUGUUGUCGUUCCAAAGACAUGACCCCCUGGCUGCUCUCAUCUACACCAUCUUCGCUAAUUCUUCCGGGCCGGACUCUGCCGAGGACCUCCGCCGGACAGACGCCUGGGCUACCACUUGUGCAAAGCUCAUCACCGCAGGAAAGCCAGGAUGUGACAAGUUCAUCAUUCAUGUUCUGGAUGCUUUUGCUGGUAUGAGAGAAUGGCCUGGAAAAGCCAACUUGGAACUUUACCUCAUGCAGGUUCUUCAGGACGGCCAGUUCCUGUUAGAGAAGGCCGAGGAGCAAUCCGCACGGCCAGCGUCGCAACCAGUGGCUCGAAGUACUAAGGACACUAUUGCAGCCGAUGAUUUCUAUGACAAGGCCGUGAAACGUUUGUUUGAGGUUGUUGAUGACGAGCCUAGCGCUGGUGGUAUCCCUGAAGGUGUCCUAGAAAUUGGCAAUGCCAUUCUUCGAAAGAUGGAGGAGUCUGGUGGUCGCCGUGCUGGAACCCGAACUUUCAUCGUGUCUCGCUGGCUUUUCUCUACUUACCUACUGAACGCUAUCAUUCAUCCCGAGAGCCACGGAAUCAUGAUUGGCCACCACAUCAGUGAACAUGCCCGCCAGAAAAUUCUCAAGGAGAUUGCCAUCCGCGCCCAGAAGCAUGUUUUAGACAUGACGUACAAUUGGAAACAAGGAGUUCCCAUUCUCCCAGAGAUUCGGGUCCACAUUGACAAUAUCUUGGCUAGGUUCAAGCAUUCUAAGUCCAAUUCUAAGCCCGUUCUUCUUCCCGCAAAGGCCAUUACUUCACCACGGGAAACCGUAGAGGUCCAACCUUUCAUUGUAGUCUGUCCAUCUGACAUCAUCACUCUGGUCAACACCCUCUUUCCAGAACGCCGUCCGCCGUCUAGCCACUUUGAAAAAGACCUCCGUAGCCGGACUGGUCUUACUUCAUCUGCCUCGUCGAUUUCAGGGAUCUCGAUGCCUUUCCGACCUAGUUCUAUCUCCGCUGGUGAUGCGAGCUCAAUUCUCAGUCAAAGCGCCUCUUCAAUGACCAGUGACACCACAUCUAGGGAGCCAUUAUUGGACUCUUCCGGCCAGCCGAUCGAUCGCCACACAUUGCCCCCUGAGGAAAAUUACAUUGAGAAGGCCAAAAUCGCACCCACAGAGGACUACGGAAGGCGUCUUAGAAUGGCAUGUUCUGAAAUGUCCCGAAUCCUGGGCAUGGAUGCCUGCUCCGGCUCAUGUCACCCUUGUGCUGAGAGAUGGGCUGUCCUUUAUAUUUCACCUGAUGGCAAGCACCUCAAACCCCGAAUGCGAAAAGAUGCGGACGAUGAGGAUGAACAUGAUGACGAUUCACCCGAGAGUGACAGCAGUGAUGACGAAGGGGCGUCAGACCGGCUUGACCUUGAGAGCGACUACCAUCAGCUGAAAGAGGCAAUUGCUAAACUCGUCGAAGAGUAUGAGAUCCCAAAGGAACUUGCACCGGAAAGCGAGUCGAAGAAUUUCAGCAAUCGAACUUCAACCCAUCGCCGAGACUCUAGAGGAGGACGUGCAGCUAGGAGAGAUGGUGAUUCUCUGGGAUCCAGGAACCCAUACAAUAGCCAAAGCCAGAGCCAGCUGACAAACCUUAUUGCAAGCCAACGGAAUAUACAAGCCCGCCAUCGCUCUCCGCAGCAACCAAGGAGUAGCAGCAACCCGCAGCCAGUAGAGAGUCAGGACAAGACCUCCGUGCUUGUAACCAUGCUGGAGGCUGCAAUGUACCAGUGCCAGGCCCGCUCUGACUUUGUUAACGCCCACCUCUACUACAAGACUCUGCAGACCCUCCGGAAAUUAACUUCCCCCUCGUUAAUAAAGAAUGGCUAUGCUGCACUGUUAAAUUACUUCUGUCGAGGGCCUCGGGACUCUCUUGGGAAGUCUGCAUCCGCCAUUGAAGAAUUUGAGGCCUGGUUUGUUUGGCUUAAACAGUCACAGGAGCGUCACGAUGCCGCCAUUGAAGAGAUGAUGAUGGCACUAAAGAAUUUGCGAGACAAGAUGUGGUACAUUACAGAUGUUCGGAACUCUGCAGGCUACGAGGAAGCUAAGAAUGUUGCAAUUGCCUUAAAGAUCAUGGGACAACCCACAAGGACUCUGGACGGCAAACCGAUCCAGACAAACCGACCACGGAAUUUUUCCAAAUCUUCCACCAACAAUUUCUUGCUGAAGACAGAAGCCCAAGUUGUCGAUAUCAUGGCUGCUCCCCAAGACUUUGGUGGGCCCAACAAGCUUUCGGACGAGCAGUCCGAUAUAACGCUAAAAUGGCUCAACCAAUACAGCGUCGAGAACUUCUGUAAGGGCGAGGAACGAAUCCACCGUUUCUGCCUUGAGGUCGACAAGUGUGUGAACAAGCUUGUUGGUGAUGGUAUGAUGGAUGGCCCGGUGCUUUGGUCCAGCGAGCUCUAUCGACGUGACAAGGAAGUUCUCGACAGCGGGCGCCAGAAAGGUGAUCUAUUCCUCACUGGCGUUGGAACUCUCUCCAUUGCUGGCGAUGAAGAAUACGAAACGCAAGGUCGGCCCGUCUCUCGCAGCCUUGAUUUCGCCCAACGUCCCAGUCAGAGUAGCUUGCGAUCCAUUUCAAAUCGCAAUGGUUCACAGCAAAGCUUCGACUCAAGUCCCUGGGGUCGGAAUCUCAUGGAUUCUCAAGAUUAUUUUGGAGGCCACAGUCCUGUCCUCACAAUCGACUCAACGGCCACAUUCUGGUCUCCUUUCCAGACUCAAGCACAAUCUCCAACCAGCGCAACCAGCAUUCGCCCACGAACUGCCUCGUCCUCGAAGGGCACUGUUAUGCUGAAGCAAUCAGCGAGUGUCAACGAAGACAAACGACGAUUCUUGCUAGAUCUGAAACAAACAUUGACGGGAUUGCUUUUGAGUGACCUCGGGACCAUGGUCUUCGGUCAUGGAAGCGAGACCGAUGCUUGGUUCUCUGGCGAUCUCGGUGAAGAUUGUCUCCACCGUAAAGAAGAGGAAGAACGUCGUCGAAAGAGACAACUAGCUCGUAAGAAGAGCAUGAAGAACAUUCGCAAUGCCACCCGGUCUGACACCCGCAACGGCCCGCUUGAGACUCUUGGACGCAAUGAGAGGAGCCAAGCAGCCCCACCCGUUGCAACACUCCAACACGCUGCAGCAUCUGAUCCCCAUCACUCUGCCAGCGAGCACUCAACCUCGAGUGACGCUACUUCGCGAUCUACGGGUAUGGCUGCUGCCAAGAAGGCCGGAUUGCUGGAAUUCCCAUACAAUGUCGCCUUCCGCCGCCUUUUGAACAAGUUUGCUACACAUCCUAAUCCAUUCUCUAAACUUCAUGCUCUGUAUGAGCUUGAACUUCUUAUAAUCGCCUCUUUAAGUUCACGCUCCGGCCGGUCUUAUAACAACCGUCGAGAUACUCUACCGGCCGUUCCUCAAUCACCAACACUGGGCGCCAUGCCGGAGCUAAGCUCACGUCAACCUGCAGCCCAAGUAUCUCGUGCCCAGAAUCUCGAAGAAGCCAUUGCGAAUUGUGAAGAGCGCCGUUCACAUAGCAUGACAAACCUCCACGGUGCUGGGACAGCUUCUCCAUUGCCCCACCGUAGCGGGACACGCUCACCUGUCGGCCCUCCAAGCACGGACAUGAUUGUGGAAGUCCUUCAAGGCCUUUUCCGCGAUCCUGAUAUUCGACCAAAGACUCUCUUCCGAGACUUGCAGUUCAUUGCGUCUUUCGUUCCGGCGCAGAUGCUCGACAAGACAGCUCGUGGGAAGGCAUUUUGGGAUGUUGGCCUUGCCGCCUUAGGCUUGAAGCAAGAUGUCUGCCGUAUCAUGGUGGAAAUUGUCGACGACAUUGUCGCACAGAACUCCAAGAGGGACCCAAUCAUCCAGCAGCAGAACGGAAGUGCAUCCCAACAGCCAGGCACAGCGUCAGUAUCUAGCAGCGCACCAUCAAUCGACGAGCCGUCUUCCCGCUACACGAUGGAAGACGCUGCUCGGAUGCUUCUCAUCACCGCCAGAGAGGGUGAUGCGGUUGCCGAACGUGAGCUCGCCAUCUUUUACCUCACCUCCCCGGAGCUACUACAACGCGCUAUUCUCCCUCUCACAAAGCCUCGCGAUGUCUUCAAGACCGAACUCUUGAACCGCGACAGAAAGGCCUCGGGCGAUACUGCGCGAAGCGAUCCCAUGACCAUGUGUGUGGCACAGCAUUGGAUGGAGCAGAGCAAGCGUGGCGGCGAUCAGCUUGCAACGAAAUAUCUUAGAGCUAGAGAUGAGCUUGACCGGAUUUCUUAAGCUUGUCGUCAUACACGAUCGUGACGAUUUACUAUCAUUUUCCUAUCCCUUUUCAGCAAUGAUAUACCCCAAGCCCCUUUCCCACCUACAUUCAUC